CGUCUAUUUACUUUGGUAUCCUUAUUAUUGAGUAUAUGCAAAAGUUUAGAUCGGACAGAAUCUACCUACAUUUUCUUUCCUGGAGUGUUUCGUUCUCUCACUUAACAUGUUGAUUUUCAUCCUCUUGUAGGUUCAAGCUGCACUUUGUGAGCAUGUUUCACUUUUAUUUUAGAAACAGGGAUUUGGCAGAAACUACAUGAGCUUCUAUUUAUAGUCUGCAAAGGAGAUAAAUCUAUAAAGGCAUCAUCAGCCUUCAUUAUUGUAAAUGACGUCUUUCAUUCUUGACAUGUCAUGUCAUCUUAUAAAUAUGUGUGAAGAGCUGCCGGUUAGUUUUCACCCACAUUUUUUUGUUCUGUUGAUAUUGUGAAAGUUAGUGGUGGUUUCAGUCAGCGUGGGAUGAGGGCAUUUAGGGCAGGUUUUUUCUUAAGCUACCUCAUUCAAAGACUACAGAAACUGAUGAAGUUACUGAAAGUUAGUUUGAGGUGUCAGUGCCUCAAAGUUAACCAUAAAACAUCUCAGGAGGUUGUUGCAAGGCCUCACCUUGUUACACAAGUCUCCUGUGUUCCCUUGAAACCGUUCAGGUAUCUGUUAUCAAGUACAAAAUUGUAAACAGUUAGCUAGCCAGCUUAUGUAAACUUACCUGGUGUGUAAAGGUUACAACGAUAAUCAGUAUUUUGGCAGCGUCUUGCUCAUAAAAAUACUUGCUUAGACAAAAUUGCAUCUGAAGUUAAUUGUUAUUAAAAAAAAAAAACUUUAGUUGAGGUCUUUCUUCACCUGAAAAGAAAGUCAUUUUAAUACACAAAUGGAAAAUUAUAACCCGGCUUGGUAUAAACUUUAAAACUUUAUUUUUUCUGAAUGUAUUUGGAAGCAAAUACUGGUAUUGACUGUUUAAUACUCAAGUAGUAAUUGUACAUGCUGAGAGCCAACUGUGUGUUUUCAUACACCUUUUAUGUCUUCUCACAGGUACAUGACUGCACUGACAGACUCUGAGGAAGAGGAGCCGAAUGAAGGAGAACAGGGGGAUAAAAAACAAGCAGAAGAUGAAUUAAAUGUCCUCCUUAAAGAGGUUGACCGUUUACACGAGGGAACAGAAUUCGACAAAAGGGAAAGUCUCAACAUCCUUUUGAAGCAAGAAGCAGAAUUUGGACAGGACUCCAGGUUUCUGUGGCGGUUAACUCGAGCUUACUGCGAUGUUCAUGACAUCAGCUCCACGCUGGAGGAGAAGAAGACUCAUGCAGAAACAGGGAAAAGGGUUGGAGAGGAGGCGGUAACCUUGAAUCCCUUAUGCGCUGAAAGUCACCAAUGGUUUGCUAUCAUGUGUGGAAUCAUGACAGAGUAUGACACAGUGCAAAACAAAAUAAAGAAUGGCUACAUCUUUAAGGAUCAUCUGGAUAAAGCCAUCGAGCUGAAGCCACAAGACCCAUUGUCUUACUAUCUGCUGGGCCGCUGGUGCUACAGUGUGGCUCAGUUGUCGUGGAUUGAGAGGAAAGCCGCUGCUGCUUUGUUUGGAGAACCUCCAAGUGCCACAGUGGAAGACGCGCUGAAGAACUUUCUUAAGGUUGAAGAGAUCCAUCCAGCUUAUUCCAAAUUUAAUUAUGUCUUUUUGGCUAAGUGUUAUAAAGACUUGGGGAAGAUCAAUAAAGCCAGGACCAUGUGUGAGGCAGCUUAUUCAAUGGACACCAUUUCUAAGGAGGAUGAAGAAGCACAAAAGGAGCUGGAUUCACUUUGCUAUGCCCUUGGAGUCUAAAAGACAGGAAGUCACUCCUCCAUGAACUACAACUCUGUAACAAGUGUUUUUGGAUACAACUGUCCCUAGACCAGGGGUCGGGAACCUUUUUGGCCAAGAGAGCCAUAAACGCCACAUAUUUUUAAAUGUAAUUUCGAAAGAGCCAUACAUUAAAGUAGUUUCCC